GUUACGCUGUUGAUCAUCUUACGAAAUUUAUCGUAAUUUUCUAGUGUGCGACACGUUUCGUACAUAAAAGUUGAUCUGUAAUGAAUCAUUAAAAUAUAACUAUUGUGUGGUCAUAUACAGUGCGUGGCUCAGUUGCCUAAUCGUCGAUAUAUCGUGUGCGCGGGAAAUCUGUCUGGAUCCAAUGCCUCUGCCUAUUACCAAACAUUACUAAUAUUUAUGUUGUUUGUCUUCAAGAUUCGCCUGGAAAAUGAUUUCCCAGAGAGUUCGGGAUAUGCGGAAGGGCAGAAUAACAAAAAUGAAUAAAAAUGUGGAACGUCUUUAUAAAGAAGGAAAAUGCCGUGAUUGUUCUGUAGUGGUAACUCGGAUGGACUUUGCUAAGAUUUUGGGCAAAUUUACAAAAGUUAAAAUUCAGUAUGAAAGUAGCACGACGCCAAAAACGAAAAAAGACAGCGUACCUGCUGUAAACUCUUCUACAAAAUUGAAAAAGAGUGAAAAUGGGAUGGUGCACAUCAAUAGAAAGGCAUAUAACCAGCAUCCAGUCAAGGAGUCAGUCAACUCUAAAACGCCAAGGAAUACUAAGCAAGCACUACCUGUUCCAUCGCCUCGUCAGGCUAGCAAUAUAUUGAAAGAAAACAACAGGUUAAAAAAGGGGCCCAUUGUGAAAGAUAAGAAUUCCAAUUACAAUCAACAGAAAGUCAACUCUAACCUAAAAAGUUACGGCAUUAUUUUUAUUAACCCUAAUGUAAAUAACAAUAAUGAUGUUAAAAGUAAAACAAAUCUAUCAGAAUUACUACCUGAUAUUAAUAAAAGUAUACUACCAAAUGAUGAAUGGGCUAUAGAUUAUUUUCCCAAAAGUGAAGAACCAAAAGAAGAUAAAGUGUAUGACCGAAUCGCAGCAGAAUUAGAGGACCUUAUGUAUAAUGAGAAAGCUUCAAGUUUAGUUGAUAAACCAGAUUCUGAAAACAAGGUGGAUGACUUUCCCUCGAUCAUGGAUAUCUUGAAUGAUAGUACUCCUAAUAGUUCUAAGCCACAUGACCAAAGUAACACAUUUAAACCUAAUUUAGAGUCUAGUGAUGUAGAAGCUAUGUUGCUAGGUAAAACAGGCACAGAGACAAGUCAACCGGAAUCACUGCCCAUGGAUGUGGACAACUCAGAUAUGGCCAAUUUGAUUGGCGAAGUAGGACCUACAGAUGCCAUUCAGGACUCAGCCAAAAACCACCCGACUAACCAGAAGCAAGGAGAAUCCAUUGAGAAAGAUGUUAUGUUGAGUAAUCCAUCAAUCAUUGAUGAGACUUUACAAAAAGGUAUAGAAGAACAACUAAUAUUUGAUAGUUCAACAAAAGAUAUCGCCGAAAAAUCAGAAAGUAAAGCAACUCCAAUGGACACGGAGGUUGUGGGUGAUGAUAAGACGAAACCUACCAGUGAUUCUAUAGUACCUAAGACUGAAGUUGUAACCCAUGUAAUAUUCAAACAGACUAUUGAUGGAAAGUGUUACCGGUGUGUAACAUGCCCUAAAAACUUGAAAUAUAGCAUUGAACUUAAUGGUAAAGCUGUUGAGUUCAUAGGAGCACCCAAGUUUGUUUCCAGUUUAGAAGAUCUACAAGUUUUGUUACAAAUUGUGAAUGAAAGCCACUUGGAGAGUCUCUAUGUACUUCAUUAAAUAACUAUUUGCUGAAACUUUUAUUUCUUUUUUGUCACUGUUUGCAUGAACUAAGAGGAUAUAAUUUUUUCCAAUCCUAUUUAGAAAAAUUUGGAUGCAUAUAAUUAAUUUUUUGUGUUUUAGUUGUAUCUGCAUUAUAUAUCUACAUUAUAUCAAGCACUCACACUAGCUGUAUGUAACAUAUUUUUUUACCUUUAUAAAGGUAAAUUAUUCUUCUGUAAUUUAAUUAUCAAUAUUAUCAUUGCUGACUGUGUAUAGUUUUAGAUCUCUUAAUGAAAAUUGACUUAGGAAUGCAAUUGUUAUGCUUAUUCAUACACAUUAUUAUUGUUAGACACUGAGGAAGGUUUCAAUAUUAAAUCAAUAUUUAUGAAUCAUGUUUCAAUUUGCACAUAGCAAGAUGAAUAUGGUUUUUGGUGAUUCCUUAGCUUUUGUAUUGAUAAAAUUAAUUAUA